AUGAGCUCAGCUGAGCUGCGCUGUUGAAGAGUCUCGCGCUCUGACUGGUUUACUUCAUAACAACCGAGAGAGACACUCAGGUGAGCGACUGCAAUUCCUCACGGACAGAUUGGGCCUCUAUUUGCCAUCAUUAAACAAAGCUCCUUGAAGACCCGUGUCACUACCUGACUCGCACUUUUUGUGCGAUGCCAAAAAGUGACACCUGGCCAGGGGGCGUUGCCGUUGAAUCUGUGUCUGGUAUGGACAGUGCAGAAAGCUGUGAUAGUGUGCUCAGCAUCAACUCUGGAUUUAGUGAUGACAGUCUGGAGUACCUUUCUGUUGAGGAAAGAGCAUGUCUCAUGUUUCUUGAGGAGACCAUUGAGUCUCUGGAUGUAGAGCAAGACAGCGGAUUGUCUAACGACGAGCCUGAUGGCCUGUCUAAUGGUUUGGAAGGAAAAACUGCUCAUCACAUACCCAUCUACCAGAACAAUACUGAGGUGCUAUCAGCCCAUGAGGAUCCAAACAAAGUGAUCGGAAGAGAUCAUAAACCUUCUCCGAAGUACCUUGUGCCAACUCCAUUGCUCCUUGCCAGUGGGAAUGCAAAGAUAAUCAGCAAACCAAUGGAGUCAUCUCACAUAGAAGUACCAGUGGCAUGCAUUGAUGUGCCUGAGGGGUUCAGAUCAAGCCCUAACCAUCAAGAACCUGGACGGACAGUUUCCGUAAAAGCUGCUUUGGAAGUAGCAACUGCUAGACGAAGAAUUGGACCAUCAAGGGAUGUAGAGGACAGGCCACCUUCUUUCAUACCUGAACCUCCAGUUAGAACAAGUUUGCCUAGUGACUCUAAAGCCAAAGAUGGCAUUCAUAAGAGUUUGGAUGUGAAGUCUCAGCCGAAGCAGCAGAAAGUUUCCUCAGAGGUGCCGCUGGAAUUCAUUCCUCCACCCUCAGACUUCAUGGAUGAACCGGAUUUAAGCCGCACUUAUUCACCACCACCUCCUCCUGCUUACGAUGGACCACCAGAAUGGAUUCCCGAACUCCCCAAAAUGGAGCCGCAUGUUUCUGGUGGAUCCAUCAAACCAACUGAAGUGACCAAAUCAAGGAGUGAAGACCCAGAAACGUCAAAAGGGCCAUUAUCCCACAAUGAGAUUGAAAACCUGCACAAGAAGGCCUCCGUGAAGAAAGCAUCUCACUUGACACCGAUAACGAUAGCGCAACAUACUGUGGCAGACAAACCGAUGACACCUUCACCAUCUUCAGAACAUGUUCCUGCGCCAAAAGAGUAUGGCGACCCCAAAAGCCCACCAGCUGUGGCGCCCAAACCCAAGAAACUCCCAUCAAAUAUCACCUUCAAAAGCCACAAAGACAGCGGGAGCACGCAUUCGUUGAUUUCGCAGAGUGAGCGCACUCAGAUGGAUCCUCAGAAGAUCCGAAUGGAGGCUUUGAAAAAGUUGGGCCUGGUGAAGAACGAAGAGGUAACAGGUCCAAGCGUCUCUCCCUGCCAAUCGCCAAAGUUCAGAGCUAAAGCUCGUCAACAGUCUCCAGCACCUGUUGAACCCGUGCAAGAAUUAUCUAGACUAUCUGAAAAUCCCGUACCAGGGGACAUGCAACUACCUUUACAUACUCUAAAGCACCAGGAAGCUAAAACCAGGGAAGGUUCUUUGAAGCAACCAGUAAGGUCCUACGAGAUCAAAUCGGCAACCCUGGAGCGCACAGGACCUGGAAUGGUCAUUGAACCUGCGCCACAGAUGACAAACCCAGACAGGAGCCAUGUUGAGUUAUCACCAGGUCAGUUACGAAAGACUCCUGCUCGAACUCCUUCUGUAUCUAGACUAUCUGAAAGUCCCGUACCAGGGGACAUGCAACUACGUUUAGAUACUCUAAAGCACCAAGAAGCUAAAACCAGGGAAGGUUCUUUGAAGCAAUCAGUAAGGUCCUACGAGAUCAAAUCGGCAACCCUGGAGCGCACAGGACCUGGAAUGCUCAUUGAACCGGCGCCACAGAUGACAAACCCUGAAAGGCCGCAUGUUGGGUCGUCGCCAGCUCAGUUACGAAAAACUCAACCUCGAACUCCUUCUGUAGGGAGUGCAAAGGACUUUGGUAUUGGCCAUCAGGCUGAUGAUUCAACCAAAUCUCUCCACGCUGCUGCGGUUCAGCCAGGCAACGAUGCCCAAAAGUUGCCCCGCUCCAAUGGAAUAAGCGUGAUGAUCUCUCCGCACGGUCAAAAUGGCGAGAACCGGCGGGAAGCCUUGAAGAAACUGGGAUUACUGCGGGACUAAUAGAUGGUGCUAAUGGCCUUUCGCUGGGAACUUAUUUCACAAUUUAUUCUGGACCAUUGGACAGUUGUUUUUGCACCGUUAAAAGCAUUGAAAGGAAGAAUGCUGAAAAU